AUGGCCUCAGCAGCGGGCAAUGGUGCUGGCGCGGCGGCGCUCAUGGUGGCCGCCUCCAUCCUGGCACUGGCCGCCGGCGGCAGCGCCCAGCUGCAGUACGGGUUCUACAGGGGCAAGUGCAAAGGCACCGACGUGGAGGCGGUGGUGCAGAGCAUCGUCAGGGCCCGCUUCGCGCGCGAGAACCCCAUCGUCGCCUACCUCCUCCGCAUGCAGUUCCACGAGUGCGCCGUCAAUUGGAGCGUGCUCAAGGUGGACAACCACUACUACAAGAACCUGCAGAAAAAACGCGGCGUGCUCGCCUGCGACCAGAACCUGUACAAGGACGGGUUCACGAGCUCGAUCGUGGACCUGCUCGCCAAAGACAACGGCCUCUUCACUUCGCUCUUCCCCAAGGCGCUCGUCAAGCUCAGCGAGGUCAACGUGCUCACCGGCACGCAGGGGGAGGUCCGCAAGGUCUGCAACAGGUUCAACUGA